CAAGGGGCGGAACUUACGACUGACAAACAUGCAGUGGCGAGUCGUCAGAUGUUAAACCUGAUCACAAUGAAACGCUAAACUAUUAUGAACAUCAAAAAUCAUGGAGCUCGUCAUUCAAAGACAGCGCUUUACAUUAGAACAUUUACCUGUAUUUUAUUAAUCAGAGUCUGACAGAGGCGCCUGUCCUCUCUCUCUACUGUUUGUUUACAUUUAGUUUCAUUUUAUGUGAUUAUAUUUCGCCAUGGAUUACCUGCUGCAGGUGAAGGUGGGAGCGCUGGUUGGGCUGCUGUUCUUAACUCUGUUUUUUGGUUUAAUUCCAGCACGGAUGAAAUGGUUUCGAGACAGUAGUGGAACAGCAAUCCACAGGGCUGUGCUGAGUUUUGUGAGCUGCUUCGCAGGAGGCGUCUUCUUGUCCGCCUGUUUAUUAGACAUCAUCCCAGACUACCUCUCUGACAUACAUGUAGUGCUACAAAAACAAGGCCUAGAUGAGGGCUUCCCGCUUGCAGAGUUCAUCAUGGCAUGUGGCUUCUUCACAGUCUUGAUCUUAGAAAAAAUGGUUCUGAGCUGCACAGAGGGCCGCAGAAAUGAGGAGACGGCUCCUCUUUUAGCUCCCGCGGGUCACGGACAUGCCCAUGGACGGCAUUCGCUGAAUGAUCUGGAGGGGAGUGGUCAUCACGUCCACGUGGAUCUUCACGCGCACUCGUCCUUCCGCUCCUUCAUGCUCUUCCUGUCGCUCUCUCUCCACUCGGUGUUUGAGGGUUUGGCCAUUGGCUUGCAGACCACAGACACCAAGGUGUUGGAGAUCUGCAUUGCUAUCCUGGUUCACAAGAGCAUCAUUGUGUUCAGUCUGUCAGUGAAGCUGGUUCAGAGCGCGGUCAAGCCCAUGUGGGUGUGGCUCUACGUGACGGUCUUCGCUGUGAUGUCUCCUCUCGGCAUUGGCAUCGGCAUUCUAGUGAUCGAGGCUCAGUUGGAGGAUGGUGCCUUCAUCCAGGCGGUGCUGGAGGGGCUGGCGGCCGGGACGUUUGUCUACAUCACCUUCUUAGAGAUCCUUCCCCAUGAACUGAACUCCCCUGAGCGGCCACUGCUCAAAGUUCUCUUCCUCCUCUGUGGCUUCUCAGUAAUGGCUGGUCUGAGUUUUCUGGGCUGAAAGACACUUUUCAGUUUUUUGUGCCCUGGGGCCAGAAAACUGGAGCCUCGAGGAAAUCACACUGAGUGAGAUAAGACUUCUCAAACUGCAUGUGAUUUCAGGAAAACGAAAGGUUCAUUUUGCUUGUCUUAUAGAGGAACUGAGAGUUUGAUUUUUUUUUUUUUACAAGCACAAAGAUGCUGUUGUUUUUAAAAAACUUUUACCAGAUCAUUUUACAGUGCAUUUCCAAAAGUGUUUUAAAUGACUUUUAUAACAGAAAAUAAUUAUUUUGCUGACCAGAUUUCAGCACUGAAGAACAUAGUAUCUCACAUGCAAAUGGAGACUUUUACCAAUAUUUUUACUUGAACUUUUUUUUUUUUUUUUUUUUUUUACUUUUAAGUUUUGUCUUUGACUUGCACAACACUACCCAUAAAAGCAAAUACUACUAAUUUUCAUACAUUAUGAACAUUAACUGCCAUAUUUCUGUAUUUGGUGUAUACAGUAAACAUACUGACUUUCCCAUUUAUGUGCCACAUUUCCUGUACAUAGUAAAUUUGCUGGGCAGCCAAAUGUUUAAACAGUUUGUUCUAAUGAUCAUAUAAAACAUUUUAUGAGAUUUCACAGUAUGAGACAAAAUGUGGUGUGUUCAUUAAAGAACACAAUUGUACUGUAUACAUAGUCAUACUAAUGUAUGCUUAUGCAGCAUAUUAAAACCAUAUACAUGUAUUUCAUUUCAAACUAGUGGAAAGAACAUGCCGUUUUAUUGCAAACGUCUUUCUGUAGACUAUUGUGCCUUUAGAAAGAGAAAUAGGCCUAACAAACGACAUGCAACAUAUUCUGAGCUUAAAAUAUCAUCACUAAACACUAGCACCAAAGUGAGCAGUAACAUCAGUGGAACUGAAAAAGCACAAGGCCUAGAGAUGGUUUUUUAAAAGUUGAAGGUACUUAAAUGCUUUUUAGCUUGCAGAGUGAUGCACGAGACACUGCAAAAAUCCACACGCGCAACAGUCAAACACGUCCGUCUAGCGCGUUUACAUUGGAAAACAAUGGAAAAGUUAUUUAAAAGUUAAUGUUGAGGUAAAUUGAGAGAAGGUACUGGCUUUUAUUUUGUUUGCUUUCAGUUCAACAUGCUCUGUUUUGAGGAGGAGAAAAGCACGGUCUGAUUCUGAAACAUGGCUCAAACAUGACUUUAUCUUGCAAUACCAGAUUUAGCCUCUAGAUGUUAGAUGUUCACACAAAGUAUUGACUAUGUUUGAAAUGGCAUACUACUUUUUUUGCAGAAUGCCUAUAUAAGAUGUAUAGGCCUUAUUGCAGUAUGUGAAUUUUCAGUAUGCAGUGAAUUCCCUGAUGAGUUCCUACUUUUGGCAAAUUGUACAGCAUACAACCAGUAUACAAUCUUUGAUUGUUAUUUAACAGAACUGCUCAAAUGUAUUUUGCAAAACUGAAUUAAAAACAUUUCAUAUUCCAGAUAA